AUGGAAAAUCCAAUAAAAUAUUCAUUGGAAGAAGUUGAUGAAUUCACUUUCAUGAGAGAGGACUUACUUGGUGAGGGUUCAACAGCUAAAGUGUAUGCAGGGGUGAUAAAUGGAACAAUGAUUGCUGCUAAGUAUUUUGAAGCUGAUUUGGAUCAUAAGAAACGGAUAUAUGAAAAGGAGAAAGACAUCCUCAUGAAAUUCAGUCAUUCAAACAUUAUCAAACUCAUGGGAUAUGUUAAUCACGAGGAAGAUGAAGAUGCAAAUGAAAUUUCUCAAGAGACACGGGAUGCAAGGGUGCUCGUCCUCGAAUACGCCCCCAACACGUUGACUAAACUUCUAGAUGAUUUAAAUUGGCCACAAAGUUUGAGAGUGAUAAGGGACUUAGCAUCUGCCCUGCAAUACAUCCAUAACACUGGAUAUGUUUAUUGUGAUCUGAAGCCUCUAAACAUCUUGUUUGACGAGGAAAACAAUCUCAAACUUGGAGACAUGGGUGGUGUAGUAAGUGCUGACAAAGACAUUGUUCGAUUUACUACUGAGGGAUACGGAGCACCAGAAAUAAAAGCAACCCCAAUGUUUGACAUCUUUGGCUUUGGAGUGAUACUUAUGCAACUGAUGACAAAGUUUGAAGACACAUUCUUUCCACCAGCAAAAAACAGACGGGGGAAAAAUAUUUCUGAUAUUCAUAUUGCGGAGAGAGUGCAACAACUUGUGCAGAAUAAAGGACGUUACCAAUUUCCAGAGUUGCUCGGGUCGAGUGGUGGUGACAAACAAACUGCAAUAGCCAUAAUGGAGUGCGGAUUGGCAUGUGCAAAACAGAACCCAAGGGCCCGCCCACAAUCAAUGGCGGAGGUUUUAGCUAUACUCCCUAUAUAG